AUGGCGAGCAGCAAUGGCUGCUUUGAGGGUGCAGCGAUGUUCACCUUCAACCUUGCACCUGAGAAGAUUUUACCACCCGAGGUUCUCGGACAGCCAAUUUCAAAGGAUCUCUCCGAGCCUGUGACUGCAAGGCUGAAUCCUCCACUUUCUAUGAGGUGCAGUGAGCCCGGGGUGAUGAAAAAUCUAGGAGCAGACGACACCACAUUUUCAGCCCUUCCCUCACAGAAGGACCUGGAUUUGAUUGAAAGAUACAAACAGGGAGUAAUAAACCCAGUGUCUGCCUUGCAUCUGUUUGCCAAAAUACACCACCUGCAGCUUGAAUUGAAAGAAACGAGUGUGGCAGGCGAUGUCAUAAGGCCUUAUUUUGCCUUUUGUGCUGUGAUAAAUGGUGUUUGCUACAAGACUGGGCUGGGAAAGAACAAGAAGGAAUCGAAGUUAAAUGCAGCUAAACUGGCUCUUGCUGAGCUACUUAACUUGGAAAGUACAGGGGAAAAGUCUUUUGAAGAUUCAGAUUUUCCCUAUGUUCCUGCUGAGCUUCGACCUCCAGCCAACUCUGCUUGUGUUUCAAGGACUGGAGGAGAACAUAUCUAUCAAAAGUUCUCACAAAUGCUUGAGGAAGUGUUCAACCGCCUGACUGCCCAACACACUGAGUACCAAAGCUGUGGCAGUUCCCUGGCUGCCUUCAUCAUUGAAAAGGGUGGGCAGCAUGAAGUGGUAGCUCUGGGGACAGGAGAAUGCAACUACAGCCGGCGCUUCGAGUCCUGUGGGAGGCUCCUGCACGACAGCCAUGCCAUUGUCACUGCCAGGCGUUCCCUGCUCAGAUACUUGUACAGGCAUCUUUUGCUGUUCUAUAACAAAAAUCCAGCCAAGGCAGAGAGAUCCAUAUUUUGCACAGUACCAGGCUCGAAGCUGCUUACCUUCAAGCAAAAUUUAACCCUCUCUCUCUACAUGAACCAGCUUCCUAAAGGAACUGCUCAGUUAAAAUCAGAGGUGCAUCUCGGUCCCCAGUCUCUGUCUGCUUACGAAGCCAGUGAAGAGCUGAGUCUGCACGUUGCUCUCGAAGGCAGGAUUUACCUGGCUGUUUGCUGUCCCCCCAAGACUGUCAGAGUGAGCAGCAUGUCAGCUGGUGACAAGCUGACCAAGUGGGAGGUGGUUGGUCUUCAGGGAGCCUUGCUGAGCCACUUCAUAGAACCCGUGUACAUCAGCAACAUUCUUGUGGGAAGUGGAACUUGUAAGGAUACAAAAGGACUGGACAUAACCAUAAAGCAGCGUCUUGAUGAUGAACUUAUUUCAAAGCUUCCUGUGCCUUACCUGGUCAACAGAUCUCAUAUUUACUUGGUGAAAGCUGCACUGCCAGUCCAAACAGAUUUGAACCAGUGGUCACUUAGCUUGAAUUGGACAUUGUCAGAUGCAUCCCUGGAAGUUGUGGAUGGAUUAAGCGGGAAAACCACUGAAAGCUCCCCGUUCCGCAGCGGCACCUGCCUGGCCAGCCGCCUGUGCAAGGCCGCCAUGUUCAGCCGCUUCAGGAUGCUCGCCGGGGAAGCAGGACGGGGUGAUCUGCUCCAGUUUGCAACAUACCACGAGGCAAAGAUUAAAUCUCAGUUGUACCAAGAAGCUAAGAGCUUGCUGCAGAGCUACUUAGAGCAACACAGCUAUGGAUCGUGGAUUGUGAAGUCUCCACAUAUUGAACAGUUCAGUGAUUGA